GCGUCAGCACCGGUCGAGGGGGUGCUAUCACAGCGGACAGGGACCUUCGCUGGGUUCCCGCCGACGUGAGGACGCAGCGGAGCUCUGGAAGUUGGAGUCGUAGCGGGAAGCGGUACCCUACUGAGCGCUGGUGGCACGGUUCGAUUCCAGAUAGGGUCUACAAAAUACCCCCCCCCCCAACUCCCAUCACCUGGUCGCGGAUUAGAGGAGUCGCGGAUUAGAGGAGUCGUUCUGCGCGCUGUCGCCGUCGCAGGAGCCGACUGGGCAGUGCCGCGCCCGCCCCCACUGCUCUGGGGGUCUCUCUGAGGCCACCUGGAGACGUUUUGGGGGUGCGAGGACCUCGCUCACCUCCCGCAGUGGCUGCGCUCCCCGCCUCUGACCCCUAAUCCAUGAGCUCGGGGAUGGCCUAAGGAGGGGGCGAGGGGGUGGGGGCAUGGAGGAGGCCGUGGCUCGGCUGGCCGUGCCCAGCGCCAGCUGCCUGCUGCUGCUGGGCCCCGCGGCUCUCGCCGUGCGUCGCCGCUUCUACUGCGAGGGCCUCGUCUUCGCCUUCUCCUCCUUCUUCCUCGCGGGCUGGCACGCGUGCGACGGGCCCGACUCCCUCGCGUGGUGCGCGCUGCGCCCCGAGCUGCUGCUGUACUUCAGCGUCUACAGCGAGGCGCUCUCCCUGUGGCUCUCCAUCCUGGCCGUGGGGGAGCUGGGGGAGCCGCGACGCUCGACGGCCGCGAUGCUGGGGGCCCUCACCACGGCGAUCCGCGUGGCGCAGGACCCCUACGGAUACGGGGUCUACUCGGGGCCCAUCGGAGGGGCCGUGCUCAUCGUGGCCACCAAGUUUCUCCGCAAGAUGCGGCAGGUGAAGGGGCUGUACCCGGAGAGGCGUAGCUACCUCCACCACAUCGGGCCGGGCUGCUGCGCGGCAGGGCUCGCCUUCACGCUCAGGUUCUUCGUGCAGGACAUAGAGUACACGUACGUGCACAGCGCCUACCACGUUCUCCUGGCGCUCGCCUUCUCUUUCCUGCUGCCCUCUUCCAACCCGUAUGGCCUGCCCCCUCACAACUGCUGCUGCCCGGUGGCCUGCGGGUCAGGCCCGGCCGCCUUGCCGCCGUUGCCCGCGUUGCCCCGCGGCCUGGUUGCUCGCCUCCGCUCACUGGACCCUGACCCCGACCCCGGCCCCGACCCGGACCGGGACCGGGACCCGAACCCUUCCCCGUGCCGACACGCGGGGUUCCCUGCCGCCGCGAGGAGCGGACUCCCAGAAGCGCCGCGGCGGGUGCUGCCCCCUUUCCCGGCCACGCUGCCCCGGGGCCUGCGCCCCGUCUCGCUGCCCCGGGGCUUGCGCCCCGUCUCGCUGCCCCGGGGCUUGCGCCCCGUCUCGCUGCCCCAGGGGGAGGGCAGUGGCGAGGAGACGUAGCCCGGACCUGGGAUCGAACCUACACUCCCCGGGAGUCUAGUGUCGUGGGGUUUUCGAACUCGUGGUCAUCUGCUGCCCGCGCCCCCCCCCCCCCUGCGCCCAGGCACUGCGGCGAGUGACACGACUCCCCGUUUCUGUGUUCAUCGCAAAGUCUCUGUUGUGUUUUUUAUUGUAAGAUCGGUCGUGAUUGUAAAUGCACAGUGAUUAGAAUUCAGUCGGACCAGUCUGGAACGCUGCUCCAGGAAUAAUUUUGGCCACGUCGCAUCCAUCUCCCCUUAAUUUGUCCUAAACCUGCUUAUAGGGUUACGAUAAACUCAGCUCUGAUCAUGGAGUAUCGGGCACAAUGAUAUAAGAUUAUUGUGCCUUGGUAUUCCGUGUACUCUAGAUCCCAAUGGAGCAAUAGAGCAUUGGGAUAUACGGAUGAAAUGCGCCUUACAAAUGUAAAGUAUCAUUAUUAUGACUCUAGUGGUAGUGCCU